UGUCUGGUGUAGAGUACACAGAGUCUCUGAAGCACCAAGAGGGAGACCCAUAACUCAACCUUGUGUUGUACCAUCCACACCUAAAACCAUGCCUCCACCAUUCAGCUGUGGUGUCUGUGUCUGCUGGAUUUCUGUUUCUGUCCUUCUACAUGGAUCUGCAUCGUUUACUUCUAACAUUUCAACCCGGAUCCAGCUUCCAGACGCAACUGUUGUUCAGGAUGAGGAGGACACAGACUGGGAAUCACCAAUUCUUCAGCUGAGAGCCAGUCUGCCGUCCUUCUCACAGCCGAUCCCUCCUUACACCCUGCUGACAAACGCAGAGGACUACCACUACAUGCCCAAACCCAGACAUCGACGCCCUUCACGCCUCCUGCGUCUUCUGGGAUCCUCGUUUGACCUCUUCUGGAUGUCCAUAGAGCAGCCGUCUGAAACCUCUGGUUGUCAUGGGGACGGUCAACCUUUUUGUAAUUCGUCACUGCCUGCUAAAUUCCAAAAAAACACCGCUGCCAGGAAGAAGUUUGACCUGAGUUCUUCUCCGGAGCUGAGAGAGGCUGCAGCGAACCAUCGCCAGAAGCUGGUAAAGGAAGCAGCAGAUCUGGACCUCAGCUCUCUGCCCUCACACGUCGCCAGUUCACUCAGAGACUGGUUGGUGCGCUCUGCCACUUGCGGACUGAGCUACCAGUGGGUGGAUCUGGGUCCCGCGUUCUGGCCACGUUGGCUGCGUCAGACUGAUUGUGAAAAAACAGAUGGAGUGCAAAGUUGCUCCUUUCCUGGUGGGAUGGAGUGUGUGCGAGCUCAGACAGCUUGCAUAAAGAUUCUGGCUUGGCACUGCUUAGAAAUCAGACAGGGAGGAGAGGUUCCUAGAGGGAUUAAAGCUGGCAGACCUGAUGGCAGGAGAAUUGAGAUGGGGACAGGUGAAGUCAUGACAAGGUGUAUAUGGAGGCAAGUGCCUUAUCCUGUGGUCACAGCAUGUGCAUGUUCUUGUAAAUAAAUG